UUUGGUUCUCCGAGGAUUUAGUCUGUCGAGAAAUGUAAACAAUGUUACUUUUCAUUAAGGGAAUUUCGUUUAAAUAAAUGACACGAAAGAGAAAUAAAAAUCUUAAAAUGAGGGGUUAUCUUAAAACUUUAAACUGGAUAUUUAAACUCCGACCAAAGUGCACUACGGUGGGAAACCACAGGGAUUCAGAUCUGUGUCUCCAGAACGGUGGUGUGGAGGAACACCAUGCUACUAUUGAGUGGAAUGAGAUUGAGCAUUUCUAUGUUCUUACCGACCUAAACUCCAUCCAUGGCACUUAUGUUAAUGACUGUUGCAUACACAACGCAGCAGUGCGUCUUACACCUGGCGAUGAAAUUCACUUUGGCUAUGGAGGUUCCGCCUACAAGCUUUUAGUGGAUCCUGCAGACCCACUCCCUGUUCUGCCUAUUCAAUGUGCCACUUCUCCAGCUGGAGCAAGGAACCGCCCUUUGUCAUCUUCCAUUAGUCCUCAUCCACCUUGCAGAACUCGACCUGCAAGUGCAGGGGCUAAACGCAACAAAAACGUUCCUGAGUGCGGUAGCUCCUCUUAUAGACAAGGUAGUUGGGCCAGCGGCACAGGAAGAGGACUCAUUUUUAGAAAUGCAAGAAUGUCUCAGAGCUGUCAAAACAUGCAUAACUUAUUACAGGAUAAGGAAGAAACCUGGGCAAGAUCUAGGGAGGAACAGCGUUGUGUGCUGGCAUCUCAGGGAGAAGCUCAAGGGAAGGAUUGUAUGAUCUCAGCUCUAAGGGAGGAGGUGUCAACACUCCAGUUGCAGCUCUCUCAGAGCAAUAAGAAUGACACAGACGUUAGACAAAAGCUGCGUAACCUGACCAGAGACAUCCAAGAAAAAAAAAAAGAGAUCCAACAACUAAAGGAACAGAUGCUGGCGAUGCAAGCAACAGUAGGUGUCCACAGUAGCCAGGCUGUAGCAGAGAGGGAUCAGACGAUCAGCAAACUCAAAAAACAGCUGGAAAAGCUAAAGAGUGAAAACAGCAAAUCUACAGCGCUGGUCAUCAAUGCACAGAAAGAUCUGUUGGUUCAGGAGAAACAGGCAAUAAACCUGGCUGCUGAAGUCGACAGUCUCAGAAAGGACGCAAGACACAAGGAUGCUCAGCUUAGUAACAUGGCUAACAAGCUGUCCAAGUUUAAAGACAUUGAGAAGCAUCAGGAGGAGUUUCUUGCCAAGGAAAAAGAGGUGGAUUCCCUCAAAAAGACUGUGGAGAAAAUGGAUUUGACUCUAAAAGAGAACCAGAAAGAGAUAAAGGAGCAGAUCGCAGAAAAAGAAUUAGUUAAACACAGACUCGUCGAAAAGACACAGGAGCAAUGCUCUCUGCAGUCUGAGAUGAGCAAACUGAAGCAGCAGCAGCAGCAAGCACUCCAAAGAGAACAGAAAGCUCAAAUAGAACUAAGACACACACAGACGAGGCUUGAAAAUAUUUGCAGUCAAAUCAUGAAACGGGUACUCGUCACUUCAGAAACAAUAUCAGAACAGGAGAUACUAAAUCGUCUGUCAAAAUUAAAUAAAGAGAAGGAAGUAAUUACCUCCAGAGUUCAGGAAUUAGAGGAACAACUGCAAGAACAUAAUGAAAACCAAGCACUGGUGGAAGAAGACACUGGGAAACUCAAGGCCAGACUUGCUGAAGUUCAGAGUACUGUACAAAAGCUACAUUUAGCAGAUGCCAUACAGACCCAAAUAUCCGCUCUUCAAGAUGAAAAUGUGUGUGAAGCGGUCAGCUGGGUUCAAACUCACACAAUCUCCAUCCUAAGCAGUCUACACACAAUACUAAAGGACACAGCAGACAUAUUGCAGACAACCGGGGUUGAGGUGACAGAGAAGACUGGAGGAGUCCCAGGUGCGGUAAAAUCGUUGUGCAAGCAGCACCAGGAGGUCCAGUCACAACUCGGGAGACUUCAGGAAGAGAAGGAGAAGCUUGAAGAAAGGGAGAAUGAAGCUGAUGACAUGCAUUUGGAACAGGAGACUAUGGAACAGGUCCAUCAGGAAACUCAGACAGAGGUGGAGGAUGCUCUAAAACUGCAGCUAGAGAGAAUAAGUGCUGAUCUGGAGGCAGCCAGAAAAGUAGAAGCUGUUUUACGUUCGGAGAUGGAGAUGCAGGAGUUGAAGUGGCGCACCAAACUGGAGGAAGGAAAAAAAAGAGAAAUUGAACUGAUGAACAAGGUCAAAGAAGUAGAGCUGCAAGAGGAACAGUGGAGAAAGGCAAUAGAGGAGGAAAAGGUAAGAGAGGAUGAGUGGUGGACAAGAGUAGACGAGGCCUUGCAGAGAGGAGCAGAGCAAGAGAAAGAGAGAUCCAGGGUGGAAAUUGAGGAGUACCAGGAACAGGUGCGGCAACAUGCUCACACCAUUGUUGCCUUGGAGGAGCAAAAGAGCUCAGCAGUGCAAAAAGCCAGAGAGAUGCAGGAGGAGAGAGACUCACUAUCACAGCAGCUUACAGAGGCACUUAACAAGAAAGAGGAUGUCAAACCAACUGUUACAUUAGAGCCAUCAGAAGAGCAACAGCAGUUGAAACAGACCGUGACAUCCCUCAGGGCAUCACUUGGAGUGUCUCAACAGGAAGUGGUCAAUCAGGGUGAGGUCAUUGCAUCUCUUAGUCGUGACCUAGCUCAUGCUCACGCUCGCCUCUCUGACCUCACAGGAGAACUGAGUGAAAAGCAGAAAAUAGAGCUGGAGACACACAAAGCUUUAGUAGUGGACCAGAAAAUGCAACUGAGCAUGCUCACACAGAAGUUAACAGUAAAUGCUGAGCUUCUUCAACAGAAAGAAGAGGAAUUGAGGACAAUAAGAGAAAAACUGGUACAAACAGAGGCAGAUUUAAAGAGAGAGCGGAUAGAGAACAUGGGUCUCCUUCCUACCCCACACACUAAGGACGUGGCCAGUAUGGUUAGUCCCAGCCACCUGCAUGCCUCCAAGUGCAAAGGUUGCCGUCAAGAAGAAAUUAUACGACAGGGCAAAGAAACCCUCAAUGCAAUGAAAGAGAGGAUCAGGGCCGUAGAGUCAAAGUGGCCCUGCACGGUACUGGUCCAGCAGGGGGAGCUAAUAAGAAAGGAGAAAAAGGAGCAGGAUCAAACAAAAGCUCACAGGCUUAAGAGAUCUUUAGCACAAAGAGACAGUAGGACUGAGAGUGGCUUUGCCUUCCCUGAGGCUCUGAGUGAAGCAGCACUGGAACGCACUGCAAGGCUGGACUUGUCUGAUGCUUUGGAGCUAAGUGAGAGGACGUAUGUAGAUCUGGCACGUGCAUUGUGUGAAGCUCUGGAGCUGAGUGAGGGACAGCUUUCAGGAUGUGUCCCACUAAAGCACUUGCCACCAGGGGAGAGAGAGCACAUGGCCUCUCUCAGACAGGAAGACCUGGAGCUGUUAAGAAGCCAACUCGCCCUGCGCAACAGCCAAACCCAAAACAAAGACAUGCUACUGCAAGAGAGCCAGAAGGAAAUACAAUCACUCAGGGAAAGCCAGGCCUUGGGGCAGCAGCUGCAGAUUGAGCUGGAUAGUGUGUGUUCAGAGCUGGAUACACUGAAACAGGAGAGCAGUAUACUACGCCAGACCCUGGAGGACACACAGACCCAGCUACAGCACUACACUAACCACAGGAAGGGCAUGGCUCUGAAUAUGGACAAAACGGAAGGGAGGAGAAUAAGAAUUGGUCAUCAUAACUGUGUACCAGACACAAACUUUGGCAAGGUAGCUGUCAUGAAGGGGUCGAGGAAGCAAGAGAGGAGGAAAAGGGCUGAGGGUGAGAAGGAUCUCCUGAUGAAUGAACGCUAAGAACAAAGGAGCUGCUAAAUGACUGCUCAUAUAGCUAGUGUGGCACAACAGCAGCGGCGCGCUAAUCUCACUGAGGCUCACUGAGUUCAGGUUCCGGCCUUAAAAUGAAUGACUGUCAUAUUACAAAUGCACUUGAUUCUUUAUAAAGUUAAUUAUGUUUGCCAAAGGAAAUGGUCAUACAUCUCACAGAAACCAAAGAUGUCAUAAAUACAUGAUUAUUCGCGUAUACGAAAUGUGUUAAUGAACGACAUGCACUUUUUAUCUGUUAAUGGUAUUGUUGUGAAGCUUCUGCAAAGCAAGUUAACACAAGUCAAUAAUGUAUAACAGCUUGUUUUUUUCCCCCUUUUGUUAACACGUAUCAUGUUCUUAAAAGCUGCUGUGUCUAAAAACUUAAAAGGCCAGCUUUAGAGCUUACUACACUUGACAAAGCACUGAACAACUUUAAUGUUUAUCUGCACCAUAUAUCUUUUACAUUUAGUAUGUAUGUUUAAUAUUAGCUCAGUACUAUAAAUCUGACAGAGGUAUGCUGUUUAAGGUAAUUAAUACAUUUUUUCUGAAUACUCACACUCCUGUGAACACGCUCUAUGGUAAACAUUAUAAUGCCUUUUAACGUGAAGUUGCUAUGCUAAUCUCUACAGAGUUAACACUUAUUAAUAGAGAAAUUAGAGGCCGUCUGUGAAAACAUAACUGCAUUGUUUUUUUCAAACUGACAGCAUCGAUGCACUUGCAGAGUCCUGAGUAAAAAUUUACACAUCAUUUGUCAA